GUAACAUUGUGUGCCGGCCGAGCCGUGGCCGGGCCGGAGCGGGCAGAGCCCCCGAACAUUCGACUGCUGGGCCUCGUCGCUUGCGGCCAUACUUUGACUAACCUCCUUUGGCUAAAGUCAAUAAAAGCCGAAAGGAACGUCUUUUAUAAAACACAACUUGUUGUGAAAGAGGAGGCCGCAGUGUGCCGACGACUUUAAAGGGACUAUCCCACCUUCUAAAAUGUUGUUAAAACCAGUUAAAUUGUGCCCGAUGUUAUAGGGGAAGCUCCCUUCGUAUGGCAGCCGUUGUACCGCUGCCAUAUCUGUGCCCGCUCCGUUGGUCAAGGCCGCCAAUAAACAGUUCGUGCCCAGAGCCCGUCUCUGAUCUAUUACAGUGGCGACGAGGGAACUGCCGCGGGCCUUUCGGGGUCAUGGCAGCGCUGUGGGGCCGUGCCCCAGAGUUUGACCCGACAGUGGAGGGCUUUAAGUGUUUUGUGCGUCGAUUGGAGCAGUAUUUCAUCGCCUGUGAUGUGGCAGACACGGACGCGGUGAAGCGACGUGCGAUACUGCUGAGUGUUUUGCGACCUCAGUGUUAUGGGCUGCUCGAGGAUUUGGUUUCGCCAAGGAAGCCGAGUGAUUGCAAGUAUGCAGAGUUAGUGGAGGUACUGUCCAAUCAUUUUGAGCCCGCCGAGUCGGUGAUAGUGGAACGGUUUCGGUUUCACUCGUGCUGCAGGGCUGACGGCGAGUCGGUGGCUGAGUUUCUCGCCCGGCUGCGAUGUCUGGCGAAGCGGUGCUCGUUUACACCGGAGGCGCUGGAUGACAACCUGCGGGACAGAUUUGUUUGUGGCAUCAGUGACGGUCGUCUCCAGACGCGUCUUCUCAGCUACCCGGAUCUGACUCUGGCGUCCGCAGUGUCCGCGGCGCGGGCCUUCGAGUCAGCUGAAUCGCAAGCGAGGGAGAUCGCCCGAGGCUCAGCUCCGGCCGGCGCGGCCGCGGCCUUGGCCGCGGCGCAGGACGGUCACGUGGCUUGUGACGUCAUCCCACCAGCUGCAGUCGGACGGGUAGAGCGGCAGAGCCGCACCCGUGAAGAGCGGGGAGAUUUGGCGCCGCGCGCCCGGGGAACGGGCCCACCGGCCGCUCACAGGGGCGGAGCGGGUCGGCGGAGCCGGCGACCAGAUGCAGCCGAGGAGCGACGCCACCCCUGCCACCGCUGCCGUAGUCGUCGACACAGCCCGUCGCGGUGCUGGGCCAGAUCGCGGAGAUGUUUCCUGUGCGGAGCGAUGGGGCAUGUUCGGGAUGCCUGCAGCAGCGGACGACUGGAUCUGGUGGCUGAGGACGAGUUCGACGAGCCAUCGGACCUGCCCGCUCACGAGGACGGUGAGGUGUAUCAGCUGUUCUACGAAUCAGCUGGUACAGGGCGUGAUAGUCGUCGGCCCCCUUUGUACGUAGACGUAAAACUCAACGGCCGCCCGAUCAGAACUGAACUGGACACUGGGGCGGCAGUAUCUGUGUGUUCCGAGGCCGAGUUUUUAAAGCUCUGGCCAAAGGGGGGUCCAGUGCUGAAACCCAGUGCACUCAAACUGCAGACGUAUGGUGGUGAUGCCCUGUCUGUGUUGGGUGAGGUGUUGGUGUGUGUGCAGUAUGGCUCUGUCUCUGUAAACCUGCCGCUGGUGAUUGUGAAGGGUAACGGACCUUGCCUAUUCGGCCGUGACUGGCUGUCACAUUUUCGCCUGGACUGGGCGGCCAUUUGUCGGGUGUCGGGUGUGACUGCCGAUCCUCAGUUGCACCCUCUACUGAAGGAGUUCCCCAAGGUGUUUGACGAUCAGCUGGGCUGCUUCACGGGCGAGCCGGUGUCGAUCGUGGUGGAUCCCGACGCCACGCCGCGGUUCUUCAAGGCCCGCCCGGUGCCGCUGGCGUACCGCCAGCGAGUCGACGAGGAGCUGGAGCGCCAAAUACGCCUGGGGCUGUUGGAGGAAGUCCGCGACAUACCGUACUACGCCGCACACGACCACUCAGAAGUCGCCGGCGGAAUUGUUUUUGAACCGGCCGCUUCGUACUCAUUUUGAUGGACUACGGCCGGAUCUCUCUUUCGAGAUGCAAAGUCGACAACGGUCCCAAAAACUAUAUCGAGAUACAGGUUCCCGAUCCCGACAUGUGAAUGUUGGGGACGCAGUGUGGGUGACGGCAGUAACCAGGUUACAGGGGACGGGCGGCGUUUCCUGGUUACCGGGUGUUGUGUUAGAGGUGACAAGUGUGAAGGUGACGGUUUUGUUAGACUGCGGUAGAGUGGUGCAGCGGCAUCUCGACCAUGUUCGCCGUGAUUGUUCGGGUGUGCGCCGGCGGCCGGGUGCGGAUGAGGUGUCGCUGGCUGAUCCUCUACCGGUGGUCGCUCCGGCCGCGGCGGCGGCUCCGGUGGAGUCCGAGCGGCCAGCCGGCGGGCCGGGUCAUUCGUACAACUUGAGGCCACGGCCUACUCAGGGGCCGCAGCGGCUGUGAGAAGGAUGUUUCAGUGCGCUCUGUUUUUGUUAUGCAAAUGCUUGUUUGGUUUGGUUCGUUCCGGAGGUACCCCUAGUCCGGAACGGAGGGGGAAGUGUUAUAGGGGAAGCUCCCUUCGUAUGGCAGCCGUUGUACCGCUGCCAUAUCUGUGCCCGCUCCGUUGGUCAAGGCCGCCAAUAAACAGUUCGUGCCCAGAGCCCGUCUCUGAUCUAUUACACCCGACUUUAUAGAUUG